CUCUGCUCAUCCUACUGUUGGUUUUUGGUAUCCACUGUAAGAACUUUGUCUUCUGCACACUUGGCAUUGUCCACUGGUGCGUGUUUAUGUGUGUUUGGAUUUCUUUUAAAUUUUUUAGACCUGUUACAGUUUCCACUGCACAAACAACACUGGAGCUUUCUGUGUGAUUGAUUUCUUUAAUUUGUUAGUGAGAGUUUAAAUUGUUUGGGAGUAGCUGGAAUGGCUACUUUACCAGGAACAUUUCCUCGAAUGAUGCGGCCAGCACCAGGCCAGAACUACCCACGAACCGGAUUCCCUUUAGAAGUCUCGACGCCUCUGGGUCAAGGUCGAGUGAACCAGCUCGGUGGAGUUUUCAUCAACGGAAGGCCUCUGCCAAAUCAUAUUCGACACAAAAUAGUGGAAAUGGCCCAUCACGGCAUUCGACCCUGUGUGAUCUCCAGACAACUGCGGGUCUCACACGGCUGCGUGUCCAAAAUCCUCUGUCGGUACCAGGAGACCGGUUCCAUUCGUCCGGGAGCGAUAGGUGGAAGCAAACCGAGGCAAGUUGCAACACCCGAUGUUGAAAAGAGAAUUGAGGAAUACAAACGCGAGAAUCCAGGGAUGUUCAGCUGGGAAAUCCGGGAUAAGUUGCUGAAGGACGGGGUGUGUGACAGAGGCACGGUUCCUUCAGGUGAGGCCUCUUCCGUUAGCUCCAUUAGUCGGGUUUUGAGAGCUCGUUUUGGCAAGAAAGAUGACGAUGACGAUGACGAGUGUGAUAAAAAAGAUGAAGACGGAGAAAAGAAAACCAAGCACAGCAUCGAUGGGAUUCUCGGGGAUAAAGGUAACCGUACGGACGACGGUUCGGAUGUGGAGUCGGAGCCAGACCUGCCCCUGAAAAGGAAACAGAGACGCAGCCGUACCACCUUCACGGCGGAGCAGCUGGAGGAGCUCGAGAAGGCCUUUGAGAGGACACACUACCCCGACAUCUACACUAGAGAGGAGCUCGCACAGAGGGCCAAACUGACCGAGGCUCGUGUACAGGAGCUAGCCCCAGGCCGCUACAGAGAGAAUAAGGCGGACGUGCUAGAGCAAGGUAACCGUACGGACGACGGUUCGGAUGUGGAGUCGGAGCCAGACCUGCCCCUGAAAAGGAAACAGAGACGCAGCCGUACCACCUUCACGGCGGAGCAGCUGGAGGAGCUCGAGAAGGCCUUUGAGAGGACACACUACCCCGACAUCUACACUAGAGAGGAGCUCGCACAGAGGGCCAAACUGACCGAGGCUCGUGUACAGGUCUGGUUCAGCAACCGAAGAGCAAGGUGGCGCAAACAAGCGGGAGCAAAUCAGUUGGCAGCAUUCAACCACUUGUUGCCCGGAGGCUUUCCACCAACCGGCAUGCCAACCUUAUCCACCUAUCAGCUUCCAGAGUCAACGUAUCCCUGCACCACUCUCUCACAAGAUGGCAGCAGUACUUUGCACCGGCCGCAGCCUCUGCCGCCCUCCUCCAUGCACCAGGGCGGGCUCUCGGCUGACAGUAGCUCUGCCUACGGCCUCUCAUCCAACCGCCACACCUUCUCCAGCUAUUCAGAAACUUUUAUGAGCCCAUCAGCUUCAAGCAACCACAUGAAUCCCGUGAGCAACGGCCUUUCGCCGCAGGUGAUGAGUAUUUUGAGUAACCCCAGUGGCGUCCCGUCCCAGCCUCAGCACGAUUUCUCCAUCUCUCCUCUCCACGGCAGUCUGGAGGUGUCUAACCCUAUCUCAGUGAGCUGCAGCCAGCGUUCAGACCCCAUCAAGAGUGUGGACAGUCUGGCCUCCUCUCAGUCCUACUGUCCCCCCACAUACAGCGCCACCAGCUACAGUGUGGACCCCGUCACUGCUGGAUACCAGUACAGCCAGUACGGCCAGACCGCUGUGGACUAUCUGGCCAAGAACGUGGGUCUGUCGACUCAGAGAAGGAUGAAGCUGGGCGAUCAUUCGGCGGUGCUGGGACUUCUGCAGGUGGAGACGGGACAGGCUUACUGAGUCCGACCACCACAAACACCCCUUCACACGCUCUCAGAUGCACAGACACCAGCUGGAGCUCUUUACUGCAUCAGCCGGCAUGAGCGUGAGCGGUUUUUUUCUGAUUUUCAAGACAAGAAACUCUUGCCAUUCCAUCUGACGUGACCUUCUCCUGAUUGCGGGCUCUAACUCGGUCAAGAGGACCAUGCAACGGCUACAGGCACGUCGACGGACGCCGCAUACUGCAAGAAUGCAUUCCGAGCCAUUUCCAAAAUGUACUUUCACCUUGCUGUGCAUAGUCGUGUAUGAAUCUCAGUGUAAUUACAACGGAUAAUCUCGCUUGUUUUCUAUCGAUAUUGUUAUUACGAUUGCCCUUACAGUUGUUGUAAUUCUGAUUAUCGUAACUAUUGUUUCGUUUUGUUGUUUCUAGAUCCACACGUAGCAUUUUUUACUAAUUCAAACCCGAGGUUUUUUACGUGAAAUGCUAGCAGUGGGCUAAAACGGGGGUUCGAGUGUAUGUGUUGAAAGUGUGACUGCUGGUUUUUCACUUUCAAGCCGUAACGUUCCUGAGCGAUUUGACCUUCUCUGCCUUCAUAUUUCACUUGACAUUCCAUGCAAACUUGGCCACUCUCUGGCUUUCUGCUGGGAAUUAGCAGUGCUUUUAGAGGACCAACGAUUUUUCCCUCACUCAAAUCAAAUGCCUGUUUUGUCCUCAGCGAUCAUCUGGGGGAAAGAA